GCUGAAGGUUCUGUAAAGGAAGAUAAUGGUGAAGAGAGCGCUGUAACAGUCAGGUUAUAUGGCCCGAACACCGAUUAUGUCAUCAACCGUGAGCGUGAGUUGCAGGCUAUCAAAUACCUCUCGGCUGCAGGAUUUGGUGCCAAAUUGCUUGGAGUAUUUGGGAAUGGGAUGGUGCACUCCUUUAUCAAUGCACGUAUUCUAACCCCAGCAGACACGAGGGUGCCAAAGCUGGCUGUUGAAAUUGCAAAGGAACUCCGUAGGUUUCAUGCGGUUGAAAUUCCAAGGUCUAAGGAACCUCAGUUAUGGAAUGAGAUAUUCAAGUUCUUUGAGACUGAGAAACUAUACUUGAUAGAUUUUGUGUACGAAUCAUACAGUUACAGAGGUUUCGACAUCGGGAAUCACUUCAACGAGUAUGCGGGCUAUGAUUGCGACUACUCAUUGUACCCCAGCAAAGAAGAGCAAGAUCACUUCUUCAGGCAUUACUUACAACCUGAUAAGCCAGAGGAGGUAUCGUCCAAGGAUCUUGAAGUGCUUUACGUAGAGUCAAACAAGUUCAUGUUGGCUUCACACAUAUUUUGGGCCCUCUGGGCACUAAUCGAGGCGAAGAUGUCGCCCAUCGAUUUCAAUUACCUAGGUUACUUCUUCUUGCGCUACAAAGAGUACAGAUUGAAGGAGGAAAUGAACUGUUUGUUGGCCCGAUCUUACCUCUCAGGGUUGCACAAAGCCUAG